AUGGAUUCUACGGGACAACUCGCAUCGGACAGUAGUAGUUCUGUCAUAGAAGGUAAUAUUAAUUGUCCUACUGAAAGUCGGGAUUUAUGUGACGGGGAUGGACGCCAUUUAGAGAAAGCCGCACCAGGAGUAUUUAAAAAUAACGAUCAAGUUCCGUUUUUCUCAUCCAAACUAUUCAAAUCAACUAUUAAGAUGGUGAUGUUAAACAAUCAAAUCCGUAAAAUUUUAAACACUGCAAAUAAUGAAAAUUUCAAUCAAGAAUCCAUAAAUGGAUUUGCCUCAGAUUUGUUGAAAAAUGAUUUUCUAUUUUAUAUUGAACUGUUUUUGGAAACCACUCAGUUCAGAAUAAUCGAAAAUCGAAUUAAGAUGCUUCUUAUGAGAUUUGAUGAUACUAAAUCCAAUAUAGUAUAUUUAUCAAGUUAUUUGGUUUCCAUAUUUGGCAAGAUAACAGAACGGUAUUUCAUACCGCCCAAUGAACUCAAGUUUAAAUUAAACUUAUUCAUUGAUGUUAUUCUAGUGUAUAUAAAAAAAAUUGAUGAUGCAUUGCGGAAAAAAUGGUUUUCAUACGAUGCGUUUAUGGAUUGGAUCUGUUUUAUGGCUAAUGUCAUUAUGCCUAAAGAUAGGUAUGUAAGUGUGAACGAAGAAAAUGUUAUUGAAAACGCAUACCUUUAUUUUAGUUAUGUCAGUAAUAGUCGAUACACUUUAUUUGACAACUUAACGUCUAAAAAAAUACCGUUGCCGGACACAAAUAGCGACUGCAUUUUGCGUAUAGGUCAACCGUCAAUACGAAAAUACGAAGAAAAUCCAUUUGUCCAAGGGGGAAAUAUAAAACGUAUUAAAGUGACAAAAAGAAAUAAUGUCAUCGACGAAUCGCGAAAAAGGUUAAGAAGAUUAUUGAAGUGA